CCUCUGCCCAUCCCCAGGCCUCACCCUCCCGGAUGGCACAGGUACCAGGGGAAGUGGACAACAUGGAAGGCCUGCCGGCCUCUAACAACAACAACCCUGCAGCCCGCUGGGAGAGCCCAGACCGGGGCUGGGAGCGGGAGCAGCCCACGGCCCCCUCACUCUUCGAGUGCUCCCGGAUCAAGGCCUUGGCAGAUGAGCGGGAAGCCGUGCAGAAGAAAACUUUCACCAAGUGGGUGAACUCUCACCUCGCCCGCGUUGGCUGCCACAUCGGGGACCUCUAUGCCGACCUCCGGGACGGCUUCGUGCUCACGAGACUCCUGGAAGUGCUGUCCGGGGAGCAGCUGCCACGGCCCACGCGCGGUCGCAUGAGGAUCCACUCCCUGGAAAACGUGGACAAGGCUCUGCAGUUCCUGAAGGAGCAGCGCGUGCACCUGGAGAACGUGGGCUCGCAUGACAUUGUGGACGGGAACCACCGGCUGACCCUGGGGCUGGUCUGGACCAUCAUCUUGCGCUUCCAGAUUCAAGUCAUCAAAAUUGAGACGGAGGACAACAGAGAGACACGCUCUGCCAAGGAUGCGCUACUCUUGUGGUGUCAGAUGAAGACAGCCGGUUACCCAGAGGUAAACAUCCAGAAUUUCACCACCAGCUGGCGGGACGGCCUGGCCUUCAACGCCCUCAUUCACCGGCACAGGCCCGAUCUCGUGGACUUCAGCAAACUCACCAAGUCCAACACCAACUACAACCUGCAGAGAGCCUUCCGCACGGCUGAGCAGCACCUGGGGCUGGCACGUCUGCUGGACCCUGAAGAUGUCAACAUGGAGGCUCCGGAUGAGAAGUCCAUCAUCACCUAUGUGGUCUCUUUCUACCACUAUUUCUCCAAGAUGAAGGCUCUGGCUGUGGAGGGGAAGCGGAUUGGGAAGGUCCUGGACCAGGUGCUGGAGGUGGAGAAGAUCAUUGAGCGCUACGAGGAGCUGGCGACCGAGCUGCUGGCCUGGAUCCGCCGCACUGUGGGCCUCAUCAGCAACCAGAAGUUCGCCAACUCCCUGAGCGGGGUGCAGCAGCAGCUCCAGGCCUUCAUGGCCUACUGCACCCUGGAGAAGCCCGCCAAGUUUCAGGAGAAGGGGAACCUGGAGGUGCUGCUCUUCAGCAUCCAGAGCAAAUUGCGUGCCUGCAACCGCCGCCUCUACGUGCCCCGGGAGGGCUGUGGCAUCUGGGAUAUCGACAAGGCCUGGGGCCUGCUGGAGAAGGCAGAGCAUGAGCGGGAGGCUGCCCUUCGGGCGGAGCUGACGCGGCAGGAGAAGCUGGGACUCCUGGCCCAGAGGUUUGACCACAAGGUGGCCAUGAGGGAGAGCUGGCUGAAUGAGAACCAGCGCCUGGUCUCCCAGGACAACUUUGGCUAUGAGCUGCCGGCAGUGGAGGCAGCCAUGAAGAAACACGAGGCGAUUGAGGCAGACAUUGCAGCCUACGAGGAGCGGGUGCAGGGCGUGGCAGAGCUGGCCCAGGCACUGGCGACUGAGGGCUACUACGAUGCCCGGAGGGUGGCAGCCCAGCGUGACAGUGUCCUGCGCCAGUGGGCCCUGCUGACCGGGCUGGUAGGUGCCCGGCGGACACGGCUGGAGCAGAACCUGGCCCUGCAGAAGGUCUUCCAGGAGAUGGUGUACAUGGUGGACUGGAUGGAGGAGAUGCAGGCUCAGCUGCUGUCUCAGGAGUGUGGGCAGCACCUGGUGGAGGCAGAGGACCUGCUGCAGAAGCAUGGACUGCUGGAGGGGGACAUUGCUGCCCAGAGUGAGCGGGUGGAGGCCCUCAAUGCUGCUGCUCUGCGUUUCUCCCAGCUUCAGGGCUACCAGCCCUGCGAUCCGCAGGUCAUCUGCAACCGCGUGAACCAUGUGCACGGCUGUCUGGCAGAGCUGCAGGAGCAGGCGGCGCGGCGGCGCGCGGAGCUGGAGGCCUCGAGGAGCCUGUGGGCGCUGUUUCAGGAACUCGAGGAGGCCCUGGUGGUGGCCCUGCAGGUGCGCGUGGUGGAGACCGAGCAGCUGUUCGCGGAGGUGACCGAGAUGGCUGCGCUGCGGCGCCAGUGGCUGCGGGAUGCCCUCGCUGUCUAUCGCAUGUUCGGCGAGGUGCACGCGUGCGAGCUGUGGAUCGGAGAGAAGGAGCAAUGGCUGCUUGGCAUGCGCGUUCCCGACUCACUCGACGACGUGGAGGUGGUGCAGCACCGAUUUGAGAGUCUGGACCAGGAGAUGAACAGUCUGAUGGGCCGUGUCCUGGAUGUGAACCACACGGUCCAGGAGCUGGUGGAAGGAGGCCACCCCAGUUCAGACGAGGUGCUCUCCUGCCAGGACCAUCUCAACAGCAGAUGGAACCGCAUCGUGGAGCUGGUGGAACAGCGCAAAGAGCAGGCGAGCGCGGUGCUGCUGGUGGAGAACCACGUGCUGGAAGUGGCCGAGGUGCGUGCCCAGGUGCGCGAGAAGCGGAGGGCGGUGGAGAGCACGCCCCGCGCAGAGCUGGGCCCAGGCCUGGCGCUGGACGAGUGGCUGCCGCACCUCGAACUUGGCUGGCACAAGUUGCUCGGCUUGUGGGAGGCGCGCAGGGAGGCGCUAGUCCAGGCGCACGUCUACCAGCUCUUCCUGCGAGACCUACGCCAGGCGCUGGCCGUGCUGCGCAACCAGGAGCUGGCACUGUCAGGUCUGGAGCUCCCGGGCACAGUGGAGUCGGUGGAGGAGGCAUUGAAACAACACCGGGAUUUUCUCACCACAAUGGAGCUGAACCAGCAAAAGAUGCAUGUGGCCGUGCAGGCGGUGGAGGGCCUGCUGAGGCAGGGCAACAUCUACGGGGAGCAGGCCCAGGAGGCUGUGGCCCAGCUGUUGGAGAAGAGCCAAGAAAACCAACUCCGGGCCCACCAGUGGAUGCAGAAGCUACACGACCAACUUGAGCUGCAGCACUUCCUCCGAGACUGCCACGAGCUGGAUGGCUGGAUCCUUGAGAAGAUGCUGAUGGCUCGCGAUGGCACACGGGAAGAUGGUCACAAGCUGCAUAAGAGAUGGCUCCGGCACCAGGCAUUCAUGGCCGAGCUGGCUCAGAAUAAGGAGUGGCUGGAGAAGAUCGAGAGGGAGGGCCAGCAACUGAUGCAGGAGAAGCCAGAGCUGGCAGCCUCCGUGCGGAAGAAGCUGGGCGAGAUCCGGCAGUGCUGGGCCGAGCUGGAGAGCACCACCCAGGCCAAGGCUCGGCAGCUCUUUGAGGCCAGCAAGGCUGACCAGCUGGUGCAGAGCUUUGCUGAGCUGGACAAGAAGCUCCUUCACAUGGAAAGCCAGCUGCAAGACGUGGACCCUGGGGGGGACCUGGCCACCGUCAACAGCCAGCUGAAGAAGCUGCAGUCGAUGGAGUCGCAGGUGGAGGAGUGGUACCGAGAGGUGGGAGAGUUGCAGGCGCAGACGGCGGCGCUGCCGCUGGAGCCGGCGAGCAAGGAGCUGGUGGGCGAGCGGCAAAACGCGGUGGGCGAGCGCCUGGUCCCCCUACCCGAGCCGCUGCAGGAGCGCCGCCGCCUGCUGCUCGCUUCCAAGGAGCUGCACCAGGUGGCGCACGACCUCGACGACGAGCUGGCAUGGGUCCAGGAGCGGCUGCCGCUGGCCAUGCAGAUGGAGCGAGGCAGUGGUUUGCAGGCCGUCCAGCAGUACAUCAAAAAGAACCAGGGCCUGCGGCGGGAGAUCCAGGCGCACGGGCCGGGGCUGGAGGAGGACGAGCAGAGCACCCUGCAGCUGCUCAAGAAGCACCUGCAGCUGGAGCAGGGCGUGGAGAACUACGAGGACAGCAUCGCGCAGCUGUCGCGCCAGUGCCGGGCGCUGCUGGAGUUGGGGCACCCGGACAGUGAGCAGAUCAGCCGGCGGCAGUCUCAGGUGGACCGCUUGUACGUGGCGCUCAAGGAGCUGGGCGAGGAGCGCAGGGUGGGCCUGGAGCAGCAGUACUGGCUGUACCAGCUCAGCCGCCAGGUGGACGAGCUCGAGCACUGGAUCGCCGAGAAGGAGGUGGUGGCUGGCUCGCCUGAGCUGGGCCAGGACUUUGAGCAUGUCACGGUGCUGCAGGAGAAAUUCUCAGAGUUCGCCAGCGAGACCGGCACAGCAGGGCGGGAGCGGCUGGCAGCCGUGAACCAGAUGGUGGAUGAACUGAUCGAGUGUGGCCAUACGGCAGCGGCCACCAUGGCUGAGUGGAAGGAUGGGCUGAAUGAGGCCUGGGCUGAGCUGCUGGAGCUAAUGGGCACGCGGGCCCAGCUGCUGGCCGCCUCUCGGGAGCUGCACAAGUUCUUCAGCGACGCCAGGGAGCUUCAGGGGCAGAUUGAGGAGAAGCGGAGGCGACUGCCCCACCUGACCACCCCGCCUGAGCCCAGACCCAGUGCCAGCUCCAUGCAGCGGACUCUGCGAGCCUUUGAGCAUGACCUGCAGCUCCUCGUAUCCCAGGUACGGCAGCUGCAGGAGGGGGCCGCACAGCUGCGGACGGUGUAUGCAGGUGAGCACGCGGAGGCCAUCGCCAGCCGGGAGCAGGAGGUGAUGCAGGGCUGGAAGGAGCUGCUAGCAGCCUGCGAGGACGCCCGCCUGCACGUCAGCUCCACAGCCGAUGCCCUGCGAUUCCACAGCCAGGCCCGGGACCUGCUCUCGUGGAUGGAUGGCAUCUCCGGACAGAUUGGGGCAGCUGACAAGCCCAGGGAUGUGUCGUCCGUGGAGGUGCUCAUGAACUACCACCAGGGCCUGAAGACCGAGCUGGAGGCGCGGGUGCCGGAGCUGACGGCCUGCCAGGAGCUGGGGCGCUCUCUGCUGCUCAACAAGAGUGCCAUGGCUGAUGAGAUCCAGGCACAGCUGGACAAGCUGGGAGCCAGGAAGGAGGAAGUGUCGGACAAGUGGGACCGUCACUGGGAGUGGCUGCAGCAGAUGCUGGAGGUGCACCAAUUUGCCCAGGAGGCGGUGGUGGCAGAUGCGUGGCUGACAGCCCAAGAGCCACUCCUGCAGAGCCGGGAGCUGGGCAGCAGUGUGGACGAAGUGGAGCAGCUCAUCCGGCGACACGAGGCCUUUCGCAAAGCAGCGGCAGCCUGGGAAGAAAGGUUCAGCUCUCUGAGGCGCCUGACCACGAUCGAGAAACUCAAGGCUGAACAGAGCAAGCAACCGCCCACCCCUCUGCUGGGGCGCAAGUUCUUUGGGGACCCCACGGAACUGGCAGCUAAGGCGGCACCCCUGCUGCGACCAGGGGGCUACGAGAGGGGCUUGGAGCCCCUAGCCCGCCGGGCCUCGGACACGCUGUCUGCUGAGGUGCGGACCCGGGCGGGUCCUGGAGGGAGGCACGAGCCCCAUCGGUCUUUCUGCCCCGCCCCCAGGAAGGCCACCCUGGCGGACAUUGUGGAGCAGCUGCAGGAGAGAGAGGCGGGACCAGGGCUCCCUGCGGGGACGUCGCUGCCUCAGCCUCGCGAACUUCCCCCCGGCCGCCUGCCCAACGGACUUGAGCCGCCGAACGGUUUUUUGCAGCACGAGGGCUUCCUGCUGCGCAAGCGCGAGGUCGACGCUAACCGCAAGUCAUCCAACCGGUCGUGGGUGAGUCUGUACUGCGUGCUCAGCAAGGGGGAGCUGGGCUUCUACAAGGACGCCAAAGGCCCAGCAUCUGGGGGCACGCACGGUGGGGAGCCACUGCUCAGCCUGCACAAGGCCAUCAGCGAGGUGGCUAGUGACUACAAGAAGAAGAAGCACGUUUUCAAGCUCCAGACCCAGGAUGGCAGCGAGUUUUUGCUCCAGGCUAAAGAUGAGGAGGAGAUGAAUGGCUGGCUGGAGGCAGUAGCCGCCUCUGUGGCGGAGCACACCGAGAUCGCCCGCUGGGGACAGACACUACCGACCACGUCGUCCACAGACGAGGGCAACCCCAAGAGGGAGACGGGGGACCGCAGGGCCAGCGGGCGCCGGAAGUGACUUCCCACCCCCACGGCCUGACACCACUCCCGCCCCUCCUCUCCGCACUGUGGGCACAAAGACACUUUCUCUUCCGCAGGGGCUGGAGCCCCCAGUUUCACCAACACUGCGGACGGACGCGCCAUGACGGGCACUGGAAAGGAGGGGACUUCUCCUGCACCCCAAAAAGUGGUGGGGAGAUUGCUGCCCCUAUAGCCAUAUCUCGGCCCCUUCCCGCUCGCCACCCCCACCCCAGGUGCUGGGGCUCCAUUAUUUUUAUGCAAUAACUGAGCUUGGGGGAGCGGGUAAGGGGCCCGUUGAGCCAAGCCCCUGCCCGGAUACCCAGAUCCUGCCCCAAGAAGCUGGAGUGGGAGGGGCGAUAAGUCCUGCCCCCCUCUCCGCCCUAGGUAUGGGCAUGGGGGCGCUGGUGAGGUCCCCUGGACCAUCCAGGGUGCUAGGGGGCGGGGAGGGAACACGCCCUCCCCGCCUUUACCUCACUUCCAAUGCUGCCUUGAUCUUCGUCUGGGGAGGCGGAGUGAAGGGGCCCUAGACCCCGUACUCCGCCGCCUCAGAGCCAUGCGGUUCAUUCCUGACUUAGUUUAUUUUUGCAAAACGUCGACCUCCUCCCCGCCCUCGCCCCCCCUCCCCCCGCCCCGCAUCCGCGAAGGCUUUUAAUGGGAGGGACGUCAAAGCUCAAAACUGUCUUCCUCUCUCCUCCCCCUCCAGCUGUAAAUGCCACUUGGCGAGGGAAGGGCGAGGGGAAGCCCUCUCCCUGCAUGCUCCAGGCUGGAGCUCCUCCCAGGGGGUGAGGGAACCGGGUUGUGGGCCGCCCCCCACCCCCACGACCGCCUGGAGGCGCCACUGGGGCCCGGGAGUGUGGGGCGGUGUGGCAGAUGCAUACUGUAUGUACCUAUAAUAAAUCUUUUGGCUUUGA